AUGGUUUCCGGGGAUCGGCCACACGGUUCAACUGAAAUAAUCUUCGGGUAUUACUGGCUUUCUUGGCCUCUUCCAUUACCCUGGCUUUCUACUUCACGGUCGGCUUGCACAUUCACCUUCACCUCACGUCUGAUAAUGCGUCGCAUCAAGUUACGUUCCGGGUCGGAUGGGGUAUCUCUCCGAGAUCUAAGCAGUGCCACCGUCCGGUGUGAUAUCCAGUGCUUGAGUUCACCUGGUGGUGCCGUGCCACUGGCAAAAUUCCAUGCACUAUGCAAAGAGGUGGCAAUCUCUUCCCAGUAUGAGUUCACAUCUGAUAAUGGAGCAUUUGGAAAAGACUCUAGAAGUCUUUCAGUUGCCAAGAGAUUUGUCCGCACCUUACGUGGCCCUGGAAAACGUAGUGAGAAGCGACUCCGGACGAGGCGCAGUCGAAAUCCACAAAUGUGUUCCAAAACGACCGGCGGGGUCAGGAAAGUGUUUUUGUCAGACUUCUAUCCACCGACCAACCCGGUAGGAGAGAUUUUGUGUACGCUACAUGGGCGUCUUCCAGUACAGCCCAAUGAGUUACUGAGUCCCAGCGGCGCUGAUUCUCGCCAAAAAUGGUACCUGUUUUGUGAAUCAUAUGUUUUAAUGGACACCUUCGAACCAGACGACUUCGUUUUCGCUAUCGUUCAAAUACCACCUGGUCAAUCUUCUGAGCGGUUACUAGACUCUUCUGAUCCCGCUACAGUGAAAUGCUUGAGGAAGUUUUGCAAGCGCAUAGCUAAGCGUCCGUUUACUACCAUUUCGAGACCACUUCCUUGUGUUGGUGAAUCGAACGAACGGUUUAUGCUCUCAGUCAAAGAUGGACGUACUUCUUUCAUACCUUUUGUCGGGAAGGGCUCCGAAGACCGCUGGUACCUUCGCCAUCUUCCCACACAUCGCCUGGUGAUACAGUCAUUUGGCUUCGAUGCGUGCAUAGCCUCAAACGAACAAGCUGAGUCUCCCGAGACCACAGAGCAUCCGAGAAAAUCUCCAAGAAAGAGGAAGCGCAGUUCUUUGCCUCCCAGUCCCCAGCUGAUUACUUCAAGUGAUGAAGAACAAACUGAAUUGGAAAAACCACUGCAGUAAACCUCCUGAUAUCUGUUGCGCUGUCCUAUUUUUUGUAUAUGAUAUUUUC